AAAAUAACUGUACAUACGGUUUUCCUUCCGAAUAUAGACGUAUAUGUGGUCAUUUGUCGUAUGUAACAGAACAUAUUACAGUUUUUCUUUUUUUGUUCAUCACGUGUUGUCGGUUUUACAAUUUUUUUUGGAAAGCCUACUUAUUCUAGUUAUACUUCACUUACUAUAGAAAUCUUAAAAGAGUCGAGUAUUUAUUCGACGACGCGACGGAUAUAGAGACUCGACACGAGUCUCUUCGACAGAUUAUCUAAAAAUGCAAAUGCAAGAUGCCGAGGCUGCCGAUGGCUCACCAUGGAAUAAUUCAAGUGGCUGUGAGGAAGAUCGCAGGCCACCUCAAAAGGAGGGUAAAAAGUCAAACGUGUUACCACUUUGGGGCAAUGAAAGGACUAUGAAUUUGAAUCCCUUGAUAUUGACCAAUAUACAGUCAUCACACUAUUUCAAGGUGAAUCUAUAUGAGCUUAAGACCUACCAUGAGGUAAUCGAUGAGAUCUACUACAAGGUAUCACAUCUGGAGCCCUGGGAGAAAGGUAGCAGGAAGACUGCGGGUCAGACUGGCAUGUGUGGAGGCCGGUUCAUGCAGGUGCGAGGCGUAGGCGCAGGCGGCAUUGUUUCCACGGCUUAUUGCCUGCUGUACAAACUCUUUACACUGAGGCUAACUAGGAAGCAAUUGAACGGUCUCAUUAAUCAUCCAGACUCGCCAUAUAUCCGCGCCUUGGGAUUUAUGUACAUUAGAUAUACACAGCCGCCGGCAGACUUGUUCAGCUGGUACAGCGACUACCUGGAUGACGAGGAAGAGUUAGACGUGAAAGCUGGCGGCGGACAAACCAUGAAGAUGGGUGAUAUCCUCAAGCAGUUCCUUACUAAACUCGAGUGGUUCUCCACAUUGUUUCCACGUAUACCUGUGCCAAUCCAAAAGGAUUUAGAGCUACGGCUAGCAGAGCGUUUUCCGCAGCAGACGGUGAACGCGCGUAAUGCUAAGCCGCCGAUUACGCUUAAUAGCUCGCACGGCAAGUAUGGCAAUAGCGUAGGGGGUGUUGGUGGGCGUAAGGAUAACGGCAACAUGACAACAACGCGCAAUCAACAGCAGCAACAACAGCAGCAGCAGCAACAACAGCCCCGACACAUUCCUGACAGCGAGGCUCAGUGGGGCGAGGCGGAGCGUACGAGCCACUGGCGUGCCAGGUCCGACGAGGAUCGUAAAGACAAGCACAGAGAACGUGAUCGGGAGCGAGAGAGGCAGAGAGAACGCGAUCGGGAGAAAGCUCGUGAACGGGAAAGAGAGAGAGACAGGCACUGUCGAAGAUCCAGUAGUCGUGACAGAAGUAGAAGGCAGAGGGAUUACAGAAGUCGCAGUAGGGAUAGGUUACAUAGAGAUCGGAGCAGAGACCGUCAUCGCGAUAGAGAUCGGCAUCGAGACAGGAGAGGCUCACCGUACGAUUAUGCCGCAGAAUUAGCUCGCGAGCGCGAAAGACAACGAAGAGAGUGAGCAAUGUCAUUGUGCGACUACACACCAUGUACAUAUAUGGACGUAAUUAUUUGUACAAGCGUAUAACAAUGGGGAUUGAGAGCUACAGUGAGCUAGAACCGAGCCAUGUUACUUUUCAUCGUCAUCUUAAUCAUAAUUACCACCACCGUCAUUGUUGUCAUCAUCAUCAACAACAAUACAAUACCACCGCUACCAUUGUGUAUAUUAUCGUGUGUAUACUCUACAGGACAAUUUACUUUGGGGCGAUGUAUAAUUUAAAUUCGAUUCCUCUAUAUUCACGCGAUGUAGUUUACAUGUUUUUAUAAAAUAAAUACAUCACCAUUAUAUUGCUGUUU